ACUUAAAUUUAUACUUUAAACUUAUUUUAUUUAUAAUUAAGCUGUUUAAUUAUUACUACUUUGGUGCAGAUUAAACUGAUUGUGAUAAAAGUUUUCCCACAAAAGAUAAAUUGCAAUACCGUGCCAGCAACAAUUUAUACAAAUAUGCAAUCGGCGGUCGAUGAAAUCGAGGAUGAAAUCAGCACGUGGGGGUUUUCAACGUCGUUGUCCAGCUACCAGCGGUCGCCCGGCCUAUGUGUUCCUGAGAACAAAACGAGAGGUCGUGGUCGUGGCAUCACUAACCCGUGCCACAUGGCAAAUAUUCGACUAGCUUCGGAAAUUGAUGAUUUAAACGCACACGCCUUUCCGAUGGGCUACUUGGCAACUACCGAAGAUCUUCUAUCCAGCACGGCGGAAAACGAAAUAACCCCGAUGCUACGUCAGCUCGGGUUGAGCGGCCACGACGAGGAUAUAUCAAAUAAAACAACUAGGAAAAAUCCCAAAAUGGAAGACGAAAUUCGCUUCGAUGGAAAUUUGCCCAUAAUACUUAAUGCAAAACUUUUUGAGACAAAUGUUAAAAGCGAAAGUGAAAGCGAUGAUGGCAUAGAAAUUACGGAGAAGUAUGAUCCCGCACUCCCAUUGCAUGAACAAUUCAGUACUAUUCCUGAACUUGGUUUAGUAGAUAAGAACAGUAAACUUGAAAAACCUGAAAGUUCUCUGAAGAAACCCAAACCAAAAAAUAUCAAAAAUAGCGGCUCCGAUGAUUCUGCACUAGGCAGCAGCACCAGCUCUUCAUCUAGUCAAACAGCGAAAGGAAAGAGUAAACCAAAAAAGAAAAAAUGGCGUAAAAUGAGCGCGGCCGAGCUGAAUUCGGCAGAACCAAUUCGCGAUCGUUAUGAAGAAUGUUAUUCUAUUGGGGUACAUGAUAAUUCCACGCAAAGUGUUUAUGCUCCAAGACAAUUGCAUGGUGUUAAUGGGUUGAAGGGUUGGCCCGCACAACACUAGUUGCUUAAGAGAUUUAUAUUUUCGUUCACUCUAUUGUAUUUUACCUAUAUAGACUAUGAAGAUUUUAAUUCUGUACCUACAUGUUUAAUUUUUAAAUGACACGAGAUGCAAAAUAUAUUGA